AUGUUACAAAUCGAGGAAUCGAUCGCGAAGCAUAGGUUUUGUGAGCAGGAGAUUCUCGACGCCUUGGAACAUUUUGAGAGGAAUCUUGAAGUUCACGGUACGCUGGAGGGGGAUGGGAAAGGCGCAGAGGCUGGAUUCUAUAAGGAGACUAAGGAAUCUAUUGAGGGGUUGGCCGAGGAAUUAGGUCCGGGGCGUGAAAAGGAUGCUAUUGACAUGCUUAAAAAGGAGCUUGAGAGGGAAGAAGGGAUGGAGGAGUUGCUUGGUGGGUAUACGCAGGGUGUUGUGCUUGCCUAUUUGGAAUGGAAGAAAGGGGAGGAGGAGAGAAUUUAG